UAAUAUAAUUAAUAAGUUCGAUCUGAAAAUAGCUUCCAGGGCAGUAGAGGCUAGGCCGCGCACGGAAAACGAAAAUUGUAGCGCGUCGUCUUCUACUUUGUGUAAAAGAGGCGAUUUCGACGAGAAUUUUUUUUCGACGGCAGCAACUGAAUAUACUUAAAACCUCGCAACCAAUUAAUAAGCUCAACCACACCAGAAGCAGCAGCACGAGCAAGAGCAGAAUCAUGGAGAACGGAAACGCUUUGUCCAUCGAGCAGAUGUACCAGAAGAAGUCGCAGCUGGAGCACAUUCUGCUGCGGCCCGACUCGUACAUCGGCUCCGUGGAGUUCACCAAGGAGCUGAUGUGGGUCUACGACUUUGAGAAGGCGCGCAUGAUCCAGCGGGAGAUCGCGUUCGUUCCGGGCCUGUACAAGAUCUUCGACGAGAUCCUGGUCAACGCCGCCGACAACAAGCAGCGCGACAAGUCAAUGAACACCAUUAAGAUUGACAUUGAUGCCGAGAAAAAUGUCGUGUCCAUCUGGAACAACGGCCAGGGCAUUCCAGUAACCAUGCACAAGGAGCAGAAGAUGUAUGUGCCGACCAUGAUCUUUGGCCACCUGCUGACUUCGUCCAAUUACAACGAUGACGAGAAGAAGGUCACCGGCGGCCGCAACGGCUACGGAGCGAAGCUCUGCAACAUAUUCUCCACCAGCUUCACUGUGGAAACAGCCACCAAGCAGUACAAAAAGAACUUUAAGCAGACCUGGGGAUCCAACAUGUCCAAGGCUUCCGAUGUGACGAUUAAGGACUUCAAUGGGACCGACUUUACCCGCAUCACAUUCAGCCCGGAUCUGGCCAAGUUCAAGAUGGAGAGGCUGGACGAGGACAUCGUGGCCCUAAUGUCGCGUCGUGCUUUCGAUGUGGCUGCCUCCUCGAAGGGCGUCUCCGUCUUCCUCAAUGGCAAUAAACUGACGGUGAAGAAUUUCAAGGACUACAUCGAUCUACACGUAAAGAACCAGGACGAUGAUUGCGGCCAGCCGAUAAAGAUAGUACACGAGGUGGCCAACGAGCGAUGGGAGGUGGCCUGCUGUCCCUCCGACCGCGGCUUCCAGCAGGUGUCGUUUGUGAACUCCAUAGCCACCACAAAGGGCGGCAGACAUGUCGACCAUGUUGUCGACAAUGUAAUCAAGCAGCUCAUCGAGGUUCUGAAGAAGAAAAAUAAAGGCGGAAUCAACAUCAAACCGUUCCAGGUGCGCAACCAUCUGUGGAUCUUCGUGAACUGUCUGAUCGAGAACCCCACCUUCGACUCGCAAACGAAGGAGAACAUGACCCUGCAGGCGAAGGGCUUCGGCUCGAAGUGCACUCUGUCCGAAAAGUUUAUAUCCAGCUUGUCCAAGUCGGGCAUUGUGGAGUCUGUGCUGGCAUGGGCCAAAUUCAAGGCCCAGAACGACAUAGCCAAGACGGGGGGCAGGAAGUCGAGCAAGAUCAAGGGCAUACCCAAGCUGGAGGAUGCCAACGAGGCCGGCGGCAAGAACUCGAUCAAUUGCACCCUCAUCCUGACCGAGGGAGACUCGGCCAAGUCGCUGGCCGUCUCUGGCCUGGGCGUGAUUGGGCGCAACUACUACGGGGUGUUCCCACUGCGCGGCAAGCUGCUCAAUGUGCGCGAGGCCAACUUCAAACAGCUGUCUGAGAACGCCGAGAUCAACAAUCUGUGCAAGAUCAUCGGCCUCCAGUAUAAGAAAAAGUAUCUGACCGAGGACGAUCUGAAGACGCUGCGCUACGGCAAGGUGAUGAUCAUGACGGAUCAGGAUCAGGACGGCUCCCACAUCAAGGGUCUGCUGAUCAACUUUGUGCACACCAACUGGCCGGAGCUGUUGCGCCUGCCCUUCCUCGAGGAGUUUAUCACGCCCAUUGUGAAGGUCACCAAGAAGAACGAGGAGCUCUCUUUCUACUCGCUGCCCGAAUUCGAGGAGUGGAAGAUGGACACGCCCAAUCACCACACGUACAACGUCAAGUACUACAAGGGUCUGGGUACUUCGACCUCUAAGGAGGCAAAGGAGUACUUCCAGGACAUGGAGCGCCAUCGCAUCCUCUUCAAGUACGACGGACAGGUGGAUGACGACAACAUAAUGAUGGCCUUCUCCCGCAAGCAUAUCGAAUCGCGAAAGGUCUGGCUCACCAACCACAUGGACGAGGUGAAGCGCCGCAGGGAGCUGGGUCUACCCGAGCGCUACCUCUACACCAAGGGCACCAAGCACAUCAGCUACUCGGACUUCAUCAAUCUCGAGCUGGUACUCUUCUCCAACGCCGACAACGAGCGCUCCAUCCCCAGCCUGGUGGAUGGCCUGAAGCCGGGCCAGCGCAAGGUCAUGUUCACUUGCUUCAAGCGCAACGACAAGCGCGAGGUAAAGGUGGCCCAGCUGUCUGGCUCCGUGGCGGAGAUGUCGGCCUACCACCACGGCGAGGUCUCCCUCCAGAUGACUAUCGUGAAUCUGGCCCAGAACUACGUUGGUUCGAACAACAUAAACUUGCUGGAGCCGCGCGGUCAGUUCGGUACUCGGCUGACGGGCGGAAAGGACUGUGCCAGCGCUCGUUACAUUUUCACACUGAUGUCGCCGCUGACGCGCCUCAUCUACCACCCCCUGGACGAUCCGCUGCUGGAGUACCAGACCGACGAUGGCCAGAGGAUCGAGCCAUUGUGGUAUCUGCCCAUCAUACCGAUGGUUCUGGUGAACGGAGCCGAGGGCAUCGGCACUGGAUGGUCCACCAAGAUAGCAAACUACAAUCCCCGCGAGAUUACCAGGAAUCUGAGGCGCAUGAUCAACGAGGAGGAGCCCUUGCCGAUGCAUCCGUGGUACAAAAACUUCACCGGACGCAUGGAGUACAUCUCAGACGGACGCUACGUGCAUACUGGCAACAUUCAGAUCUUGCCCGGCGAACGAGUCGAGAUCACGGAACUGCCCAUCGGUGUAUGGACGCAGAACUACAAGGAAAACGUCCUCGAAGCGCUCUCGAAUGGCACGGAAAAGGUCAAGGCCAUUGUGUCGGAAUAUCGUGAAUACCACACGGACACCACAGUCCGAUUCGUGAUCAGCUUUGCCCCGGGCGAGUUCAGACGCAUUCAGUCCGAGGACGGCGGAUUCUAUCGCGUGUUCAAGCUGAGCUCCACCCUGUCGAUCAAUCAGAUGCACGCCUUCGAUCAGAACAAUUGCCUGAGGCGGUACGCCUCGUCCACGGACGUGCUGAAGGAGUUCUACCAGCUGCGCGUGGAGUACUACGGCCGCAGGAAGGAGUAUUUGGUGGGCCAGCUGACGGCAUUGGCGGACCGACUGAGCGAUCAGGCUCGCUUUAUUCUGGAAAAGUGCGAAAAGACGCUGGUGGUGGAGAACAAGCAGCGCAAGGCCAUGUGCGACGAGCUGACGAAGCGCGGGUAUCGCCCGGACCCAGUCAAGGAGUGGCAGCGCCGCAUCAAGAUGGAGGAUGCCGAGCCGGAGAACGAGGAGGAGGAGGACGAAGAGGGCGAACAGGCGGCUCCGAGCAGCAGCAAGAAGGAUGUCAAAAAGGAGGUCGACCCCGACAAAGCCUUUAAGAAGCUAACGGACGUUAAGAAGUUCGACUACCUCUUAGGCAUGUCCAUGUGGAUGCUGACCGAGGAGAAGAAGAACGAGUUGCUCAAGCAGCGCGACUAUAAGCUGAGCGAGCUGGACAACCUGCGCAAGCGGACUCCCCACCAGCUCUGGCUGGAUGAUCUCGAUGCCCUGGAGCAGAAGUUGAACGAGGUUGAGGAGAAGGAGCGACUCGAAGAGCAGGGCGUCAAUCUGAAGACAGCCAAGGCCAUGAAGGGCCAAAAGACUACCACGGCCAAAGGUAGGAAGGUCAAAGGCGCGGCGGCGGCUCCCACCGGGGACGUAUUCCCCGACCCAGAUGGCGAGCGUGUCGAGUUCAAGGUAACCGAUGAAAUUGUCAAGAAGACAGCAGCGGCGGCCAAGCUAGCCACCAGAGCCAAGAAGGAGCCAACGGGCAAAGCAGUCAAAUCUGAACCGGGUGAAACUAAGGUCGAGGAGGUGGACGAGUUCGAUGCUUUGGUCGAGGCUGGACCAAAAAUAUCUCCAAAGGCCAAAAAGGCACCAGCCGUCAAAAAGGAGCCGGCCGCCAAGAAGGAACCGGCCGAGAAGAAGCCGCGCCAGAAGAAGGAGAAUGGUGGCGCCUUGAAGCAGGGAAAGCUUGAUUUCAGCAAGGCCAAGGCCAAGAAAGGACAUGGCAAUGACAGCUCGGACGAUGUCGAAUGCGUGGAAGUCGCGGAAGUGGAGCCGCGAGCAGUGCGUCCUGGUCGCAGGGCGGCAAGCAAGAAAAUCGAUUACAGCGCUCUCAUCUCCGAUGAAGAGGAAUCCGCUGCCGCGGCAUCUGAUGGGAAGACAAGCGGCGGCGAGGAUGAUGACGGCGAUUCUCCCAUUAAACGACCGGUCAAGCGCACACGCGACGAGGACAGCAGUAGCGGAUCCAAGAAGAAAUCCCAGCCAAAGAAGAAGCGCGCCGUUAUCGAGAGCGAUGAGGACGAUGUAAAUGAUGAUGAUGAUGAUGAUUCCGAUUUCGAUUUCUGAGGGAAACGAAACGCACAAGAAAAUCGUUUCAAGGUCUCCUGUUUCGCAUAAUUCUAUGAAAAGUAUUUGGCAAGCAUCUCGGAGACUGUCCUGUCCUGUCCCAUUGGCAACAAUCCGAUGGCUUGAUUGUUUAUACUACCCAUUGUCCGCUGAGUCUCCUGCUCCUGCUACCCCCCGAUCAUCAAUCAGUGUUUAUUUUUGGUGUUUUAAUUUGUAUUUUAGGAAACCACUUCAUUACAUUCGUCUACUGUAGCUGUUCUCAGUCGGAUAGCAGCGAAUAAUCCACCAGCAGAAAUACGCAUACACAUACUAUCGAUGUAUUAACAUGUUUUAUAAACAUAGUUUUUAGAGUCGUACAAUUUUUUCAUGUAAAUAAAUAAUUUUACCCAAUU